AUGGCUAGUGAAGAGAGUUUCGUAGUGUUGGUUCACCACAGAGGAUCCAUUAAGAGGAAAACUCGUUCCGGUGUGAAGUUCACUGAUAAAGAUCUUUUCUGUAUUAUCGUCAGGCCUACGAUGACGUAUGAGGACCUUGUUAGCUCUGUAUUGCUGAAACUUAGUCUAGAAGGUGUGAAACGGGUUAAGAAAUUUUUCUAUUGCAUUCCAAUCAUGGUGCUCCAGCAAACCGUAAAGUAUGAUUCUUUCACGAUCGGCAGUGAUGAGGACUUGCAGGUCAUGUUUCAUUGUCGCCAACAGUUUCCAGAGGUGAGGACACUAGAACUGUUGGCAAAGUUGGUUGACUUGGUAUCCAGCUCGGGAGGUUCGAACCGGAAUACCACCACUUUAGCCACGGUAGCCGGUUCUAGCUCCAGACCUGCCGUUGCUUCUUCCUUCGUCCCUGCGUACGAGCAAGCCGUCCAACCUGUCGCCUCCCCUUCGUUCGCCGUUGAUCUCAACGGCAGUGUAGGCGACGAGGUCGGAACAGGAAAAUUUCUGCGGACCUCUUUACAGUGUGCUGCACUGGCUGGGGUUGGAGAUGGAAUGUUGGAUGAUCCAGAGGACGAUGAUGUCGAGCCGAAUAUGAUUGCUGAUGACAGUGGCGAUGAUGUCGGAGCAAGUGAGCCUGCUGGGGCGAACAGUGGUUCUAGCUUUGGCAUACAACAGUACUCUCCACAUUUUUUAUCAUUGGACUUGGAUGCCAUGAGGCAGGAGGGGGUUCCUGGGCAGCCAGCUGGAUUUGGGGCUAGAGAUGGUGAAGGAUCUGCAGGUCUGACAGAGUUUCAGGUUGGUCAGCAAUUUCAAGAUAAAGAAGAGGCCCUGUUAAGUGUGAAGACUUACAGCAUCCGUCGAGGGCGCAAGGGCCUUUGGGAGGUCAAACGGUACAACAGACCGCAUACGUGUCUCGCCACCUCCAUCUCCAGUGACCACAGGAGUUUGGAUUAUCAUGUGAUAUCGGCAUUCAUUAUGCCAAUGAUUAGGGCUGAUGCAUCCGUCAGCAUCAAGGUUCUCCUAAAUGCCACCGCCGCACAUUUUAGGUUUAGGCCAACGUACAUGAGGGUCUGGUUGGCCAAGUAG